AUGAGCAACAGAAGAUGGUGCCCAACUCCGGAGCAGCUGAUGGUGCUUGAGGAGCUCUACAGAAGAGGCCUCCGCACCCCCACCGCCCACCAGAUUCAGAAGAUCACCGCUCAUCUCUCUCUCUACGGCAACAUCCAGGGCAAAAGCGUCUUUUACUGGUUCCAGAACCACAAGGCCCGCGACCGCCAGAAACUCCGCAACAAACACCUCUUCUACCAAACCCUCCAUUUUCAGGGUAACAGUGGGAUGAUGAUGCGGCAAGAUUGGUUGAUGCGAUCAUCGUACGGCCAUGAUUCCGUGAUGGUUAUGGAAAAUCUGGGCCCCACACCAAACCAGCCCCUCCAAACCCUACAACUCUUCCCACUCACUUCACCUGCUGCUGCAAAUCAUCCAUGAUUCAGCCUCUUCAUCUUAAAUCAAACUGCAAUUGCUAAUUAGCUUUAUGAAUAUCUGUGUGUCUCUCUCUAGAGUUGGUAAGAUACAUGCAAAUCUCUCUCUCUCUCUCGUAGAUUUGAGUGUUUGUGUUAUUUUUCUGUUAUGUGUCUGUGGACUUCCCAAAUAUGCUGAAAUGUCCAACAGUUGCAUUGAGGAGUACUCCUCUUUACUGCUGGCCACUAUAGUCUCAUCUUCUGUUUAGUACUUUUCCCAAUUCAGAAUCUAUCAGAAUUUGCUGAAUCUCUCUCUUA